CCUUGGAGGCUGCGGUUGAUCUAAACAUAUUCAACUAUAGAGCAGGUGCGCUUCGAAGCCCAGAUACAACGCGAAGUGGGCGGGCAAUGCUUGCCUUGCGAGCCCAGUCCGUUUAUGCGCCUCACUUGGCGGGCGGUUGUAGUGCUUCUCGAAGUGAAGUCGAAGCAUCGGACGUCGUGGCUUCGGGAGAUCCAAUGAGCGGGCGACACAAGAAGCUGAGUUCACCGUCUUCGGCCCUGUCGAUCUUGCACAAUGAGACCCGGCCACUCUAAUCUCGCGCACCUCAUCCAAAAUAACCUGCAAAAUGGCCGACGAUUCAAUCUAGGGUCCGCGUGUUUCGGGCCACGUCGAGCGUAUAAAAGUAAAGGGCCUCAUGUCGUACUGCUCCGUGGCCUGUGGUUUUCUUGGUUAUUUUCUGCGGCUUGAACGCUUGGACGCCCCUUCUCCGCUCUCUUGACUUCCUCCCCACUAUGCAUUUGUCUUGUAUACCUCGCCGUUCGCGAUGCCUUUCGACGGCGGAUAGUCCUCCGGCUAAGAUCGUUCUACCGGACUUGGUCUCUCAUUGCGACUUUCCACUUCGAACCAAUGUCCAUUGCGCGAGAGCAUCCAAGGAAUCCGAGGAGUGGUUUCUACAAAAUGCGAACCUGAAUAAGCA